AUGACCAUCAUGCCACUGAUCCAGACUUACCACCGUCAUGCUGUCGGGGAAUACAGUCCUGCCAUCAUAUACGUGCCAUUCGGCAUUCUGUCGGCCAGCGACUCCAGCACCUCGAACGUCUUCGGCUACAUACUCACUUUCGACUGGAAGGUGUGGGCUCUGCUUUUGAGCGCCAUCCCCAUUUUGGCGCUGCUCAUCAGCUUGUCGGAAUUCGCGGUUCACCGGAGGCCCUGGAAGACUAUGCCGCAAGACGUGCACCAGUGGGGCUGGGAACUGUUCGGAAACCUUCUGUACGAAAGUUCACCGCGCGCGACUUCGCAGACAUCGGGGCGCAUCGUAAUGACUUCGUGGCUUCUGGCCGUUCUCGUGAUCGCGAACUCGUUCGCGGGUCACCUCAAAUCCAGCAUGGCGAUCAAGAACGAGCCGACUCAAGUGGAUAGCGUCGAAGACGUAGUCGACCGACCCAACUUGAGGCCCUUCAUAUGGAAGGGCUCGUACUACGAAGCCUUGAUUUCGACCUCACCGUCCCCGCGGAUGAAAAAGCUGUGGCGCAUGGUGGUGCGCAAGAACGGCUCCAUGCCGGGCAACAUUAUGUACAUGGACAAGAACAUGCGCGAGGUGAUCCAGCGACGCGCCGUGUUCAUGGUGGACCACAACUCGCAGCGGUUCCACAUGGCUGCCUUCUGCCGACGCGAGUCGACGGCCAGCUUCCACUUCGGCCGCGAGAUCAUCGAAGAACACAGGCUGUCGUUCCUGAUGUCGCGGUCCAUGUGCCGUGACCUGCACCACCGCAUAUACAAGAGGGUCACGUGGCUCUACGAAAGUGGCCUGGUAAGCAAGUGGAUGGCCGACGAGCUGGGAGACUGGCAACGCUGUGUGAGGCGCACCGGCGAGCACGUGGCCGAAGACCUUACCAUCGAAGACACGAUGGCCACCUUCUUGCUCUGGGGCAUCGUCAUGUGCGCCGCCGCUGCCGCUCUGUUCAUCGAGACGUUGAGACGUCCAAGCGUUGAUCGCACGUCGCCCGAGAUUCCUUUUCAGAGGCGUGCCAAGAUGCGUCGAGGCGGUCACUGGUUCUGGAUAAGAGCGGCAAAGUUUCACCAAUACCACUCGCCUCCUACAUCGGCCGAGUCCAAAACACAGCACGCUUCACAAUGA